AUGGAGGAAGAAAACGCGGGUGGUAGUAAUAGUGGAGGUGGAAUCUCGACGGUGAUCUCUCAGGAUUUGACGAUCCUUAAGCUUGACCAAUUGUUGACGUUGUUUGAGAACGAACACUAUGCUCUUCUGGAGAUGAUGGAGUCGUUUAGUUCUACGGCUCAACUCGACAACGGCACGCUGAAACGACUGUUGAGUCUGAUAGGCUCGUUCCGUGACAGCCCCGACGACGACCAAGUCGCAGCUUCGGCAUAG